GCAAAUCCGUUCCUUUACCUGCGGACAGGUACGACGACAGACCUGGAAACCGAGAAGCAGUGCGCACGGCAGAGGGACGCUAGUGUUGGUUUACUGCCACACUCGAUCAGUUGUGUGUACAAAGACAAUCAAUCUUGACCAAAGAAAAUAUUGUUAUGGAUAGUGGAUGUACAUCUUCUCGUCGUUUGGAUUUUGAAGAUGUUAAUGGAAGACAUGAUGAUCAUGUUAGUGAUAUGGUUGAGGACGGUAAUGAAAAUCAACUGGACAAUAUUACAAGCUCAAGAAUUGAGGAAGAUAAGCCGAAGAUUGGUAUGUGCUUUGACACUGAAGAGGAUGCUUAUGGGUUUUAUUUAAACUAUUCGAAGCACGUGGGUUUUAGUAUCAGAAGAAGCAGAAGCCACAAGGACAAAUCUGGUUCAUUAAUUGACAGGGUUUUUUGUUGUAGUGCUGAAGGAAAAAGGACAAAUGAUAAGCGUGAUAUAUAUGUCAGCAACGCUCGCCCGGAAACAAGAUUUGGUUGUCAAGCUAAAUUGAAAGUUAGUAGCCGAGUAAAUGGAAAGUUUUGUGUGGUUCAAUUUGUUGAAGAUCAUAAUCAUUAUCUUUCAAGUCCGCACAAAACACACUUACAUAGAAGUCACAGAAAGAUAACGUCUUCUGCAGCAAUGCAAAUUCAAAUGGCGAAUGAUGUGGGCAUCACACCUAAAGCAUCUCAUGAUCUUAUGGUGAGACAAGUAGGAGGGAGGGAGAAUUUAGGUUUCAUUCCUCAGGAUUAUAAGAAUUAUUUGAGAUCUAAAAGAACGAGAGAGACCAGGAUAGGGGAUACAGGAGGAGUAUUAGAAUAUUUGCAAAAGAUGCAAUUUAGUGAUCCAAAUUUUUUCUAUGCGAUUCAAGUUGAUGAAGAUGACUUGAUAACCAAUAUUUUUUGGUCUGAUGCGAAGAUGAGAACAGAUUACUCAAAUUUCGGUGAUGUGAUAUGCUUUGAUACAACUUAUAAGAAGAACAAUGAAGGUCGUCCUAUUGCACUAUUUGUAGGCGUGAAUCAUCACAAGCAGACUGUGAUCUUUGGUGCUGCAUUGCUAUAUGAUGAAACUUCUUCAACAUUUGAAUGGUUGUUUGAUACAUUUACUAGAGCUAUGCGUGAGAAGAAACCGAAAACUAUUCUUACGGAUCAAGAUGCAGCAAUGGCUAAGGCAUUAACUUAUAUAUGGCCUGAAACUCAUCAUCGUUUGUGUCUUUGGCACAUUUUUCAAAAUGCUGCAAUCCAUUUAAGUGGUAUUUUUUCUAAAUUCAAGGAUUUUUCUAAAGACUUUGGGGCAUGUGUGUAUGAUUUUGAAGAAGAAGAUGAGUUUAUUGCAGCAUGGGAUGAGAUGUUGAAGAAGUAUUCACUUGAAGAUAAUGAUUGGUUGAGGCGUAUGUUUAAUCUAAAGGAGAAAUGGGCCUUAGUAUAUGGACGUCAAACCUUUUGUGCUGAUAUGACUACCACCCAAAGAAGUGAGAGCAUGAACAGUGUUGUGAAGAGGUAUGUCAAUUACAAGCACAAGUUUUUAGACUUUUUUAAUCAUUUCGAAAGGCUGCUUGAAGAUCGUCGGUAUGAAGAAGUAAAAGCUGAUUUUAGAGCAAACACAAGCCUUCCAUGUUUGUCGUAUCCAGUCGAGAUUUUGAAGCAUGCGGUUAGUAUUUAUACCCCAGAGGUAUAUAAAAUAUUUGAGCAGGAGUGGUAUAAAUCUCAUGAUUCCAGCUUGGAAUGUUUCGAAAAUGGAGAAUUACUAGCAAAGUAUAGAAUUACUCCUCACAGGAAGAGCCAUCACCAUAUAGUUACAAUUGAUUUAUCAAGUGAAAAAAUUAAUUGUAGCUGCAGAAAAUUUGAGUUUGCUGGAAUUUUAUGUUCUCAUAGUUUGAAAGUAUUCGGGAUGCACAAUAUUAAGAAAAUCCCAAAUGAAUACAUCCUGAAAAGAUGGACGCGAAAAGCGAAAAUUGGAUUUUCUGGAGAUGCAAAUAUCAAUGUGUCGGAGAUGGAUCCCAAAUUACUUCAGAAUAUACGAUACAAAGAGUUGUGUGGGUUGUAUGUUCAGUUGGUUACAAAAGCAUCAGAGAACGAAGAUACUUAUAGAAUUGUUAAAGAUGGUAUCUUGAAGAUGUUUGAUAUGGUUGAUGGAGAUGGAGAGUUAGAGCAAAGAACAAAUUGCAGAAAUUUAUCGUUAAAUGCGGACGAGUUGCAAAUCACUCUUGGAGCCAAAGGUAUAAAGUCUAAGAAUAAGACCACUUCAAGCAAGAGGCUUAAAAGUGGCUUAGAAAAAAGUAAGGGAAAAAGGAAAGCAAGUAGGAAAAAAGGUCAACCUUUAACCAACAGCACAACUUCACCCCCGUUAUUAUCUACCAAUCUCGAGGGCGUUGAAGAAAAUUUGACCACUAUUUCCAGUGUUUCUGAUAUACCUUAUCAAAGGUUCAACACAAUUGAGGAGUUUGGUACAAGUUCAAAUCAACAAAAUUUUGGUGGAAUGCCUUUUUCAAUGAACAUGACUAAUCUUCUAUUGGCUCAACAACCACUCAACUUCGAUUAUUUGGGAGCAAAUAACUUACAAGAAAGGAAUAGUUUAAAUAAAGAAGCCUAUCUUGGUGAUGUUAAUCAAGGUGAGAGAUAUGAGUCCCCAGCAUCAGAUCAUCGAGUGUCACAUUCGACGCUUGAGGAGCUAAAUCCAGAAAACGUGAGCCACUUGAGAUGAAGUUUCCGGUUAAAACAAUUUAUUAACUGUUUUAAUCUUCUUUUUUAGCCUAGAUUUGAAAGAAGUCGCUUAACAGAACUAUAGGUCUUCGUUGAUGAUUUCUUAAGGAGCUUGCAUUAAGUAGGUCGAGAAUUUGCCUUCAUUGUUUUUGCUCGGAUCCACUUAGAUAAUUGCUUUGUCCAGCAAUUUUACAGCAUUGGUGUCUUUGGCAGAUUACAAGUGGUCCUUACGUCCAUGGUUUUUUUUUUUUUUUAUUUUGUUGGACCUGCUUUGCUGCUAUGAUAAUUGCUUUGUCCAACAAUUUUACAGCAUUGGUGUCUUUGGCAGAUUACAAGUGGUCCUUAUGUCCAUGAAUUUUUUUAAUUUUGUUGGUCCUGCUUUGAUGCUAUGAGUGAUAUUUCUAUGAAUGUGUGGAUGCACACGAUACAUCUAUUGACUU